GACCUCAGAGCAGCCUUUCUACCAACAGAGUCCCCUCAGCGACCGCGUCCUCGCGCAAUGCGGGAGCUGCAGGGAGUCGCGGGGCAUAGUCUCGGGGAUCCCCCUCAGUCGGUUCUUAGUGCUGUGUGACCCCAGGCCGACUGCCUCCGGGCUCUGACCCUAGUACCCAGGGCUGGUAGAAACACCUGCCUCAUCCAGAUGUUGGGAAAAUAACGCACAAGUGCGGGGUAGUGAUUCUGGGUCGCACUGGACGCCCCGUCCAGUGGGCUGCUGCAGAAUAACCCACCAGAAACUUGAGGCAGCUCGGAGAAAGAUGGCAGCUGGCCAGGUCGUGAAAAUGAAAGGCCUCACUGUGUGGACUGCCUCUCUGUCCGCCCAGCAGUUUGCUCAGGGUGGGGAUGCACACCUGGCAGCAGAGAGCGGGCCAAAUCCACGUCGACACCGGCUCACUUGGUGCUGCCCUCCUUGGGCGGGAUCUGUGGCUCCAAGUCAGCUGGGCCAAAGCUGAGCUAUUGGCUGCCCCAGGGUGGAGUGAAGCCCUACCCACUCCAGGGCUGUUGGCAGUGCAGCCUCAGAGCUGGGCACAGCCUUCCUGGCUAAGGACCCCACCCUUGAGGCCAUUUGGUGUUCUUACUGCUUCCUCCCAACUGACCUUCCAGGGGAAGGGUUGUUGGAGCACUAGAUGCGCCAUGGAAAAGGUGCUGGUCACAGGUGGGGCUGGCUACAUCGGCAGCCACACGGUAUUGGAGCUGCUGGAGGCAGGCUACUCGCCUGUGGUCAUUGACAACUUCCAUAACGCCAUUCGUGGAGAAGACUCCAUGCCUGAGAGCCUGCGCCGGGUCCAGGAGUUGACAGGCCGCUCUGUGGAGUUUGAGGAGAUGGACAUCUUGGACCAGGCAGCCCUACAGCACCUCUUUAAGAAGCAUAGCUUUAAGGCCGUCAUCCACUUUGCUGGCCUCAAGGCUGUGGGCGAGUCAGUGCAGAAGCCUCUGGAGUACUAUAGAGUUAACUUAACAGGGACCAUCCAGCUUCUAGAGAUCAUGAGGGCCCAUGGAGUGAAGAACCUGGUGUUCAGCAGCUCAGCCACGGUGUACGGGAACCCCCAGUACCUGCCUCUGGAUGAGGCCCACCCCACCGGGGGCUGUACCAACCCCUACGGCAAGUCCAAGUUCUUCAUCGAGGAGAUGAUCCGGGACCUGUGCCGGGCAGACACGGCCUGGAACGCCGUGCUGCUUCGGUACUUCAAUCCCAUAGGCGCCCACGCCUCUGGGCGCAUCGGUGAAGACCCUCAGGGUAUUCCCAACAACCUCAUGCCCUACGUCUCCCAGGUGGCAAUCGGGCGACGAGAGGCCCUGAAUGUCUUUGGUGAUGACUAUGCUACAGAGGAUGGGACAGGUGUGAGGGAUUACAUUCACGUGGUGGAUCUGGCGAAGGGCCAUAUAGCAGCCUUGAAGAAGCUGAAGGAGCAAUGUGGUUGCCGGACCUACAACCUGGGCACGGGCACAGGCUACUCCGUCCUGCAGAUGGUCCAAGCCAUGGAGAAAGCCUCAGGCAAGAAGAUCCCGUACAAGGUGGUGGCACGGCGGGAAGGUGAUGUGGCGGCCUGUUAUGCCAACCCCAGCCUGGCCUAUGAGGAGCUGGGCUGGACAGCAGCCCUGGGGCUGGACAGGAUGUGUGAAGAUCUGUGGCGCUGGCAGAAGCAGAACCCUUCGGGCUUUGGGGCGCAGGCCUGAGGACCUCGUUACCAUGGACCAGAAAAGAGCAGCUGCCUGCUUUCCAGUCUUCACAGGACCCUGUACCCUCACACUCUGGGGCCAAGCUGAGGCCACCCUACCUCAAAUGCAGCCCUCCAGGCAGGAGACCUCUGGUUCCACAGACCAGAAGGGAGUCCAGGUCUUUCCAACCUGUCUCCCCACAGAGUCCAGCAGCUCAUGUGAUUUCCAGAGCCUUGGGGAGGCCAGGGGGUCUGGGACCAUAGCCUCCCCCAGGAACUGACUUAUCCUGCUAUGAUUAAGCUUUCCAAAGUAUUUAAAAUAAAGAUGUUUUCUUAUCGAGA